UAUCUAUUAUCUAUUAUAACACUAUUUCGAUUAAUAAAAUAAUAACGUUUAGGGUCGGAUCUGACCCUGCAGCAAUACCGUUUUUGCGAGUAAAAUAAUAGAAAAACGUAGCGUUCCGUUAUGAUACUAUAAUUUCGUGUUUUUUGAGGUGUCGAUAAAGUCACAAUUGCGUGCGAUUACGAUAAUAGUGUGCUAAUUCCUCGUUAAUUCGAUGUAUAGACUUAGGAUCGCGGGUGAAUACGCGACGGGCAGCACCUAAGACCCCCUACUACCAAACUGGUCAUUUGCAGCAAAUGACGCCAGCCGCAAGUGAACGUCCUGUAUAUAAGCCCAGGACGACAGUCGAAAAGGCACAUCAUUCGAUCAGUCGUCUUUUCGAACACACAGAGAACCUUAUAGAGAACUGUCCACAGCCAAACGAAUCGCUCGACAUCACUCGACGAAUACUCAAAAUCAACACUCGUCACAAAUUUUCAUCUACAACUACAACAACAUGUUCAAGUACACAAUCAUGAUCGCGGUUGUCGUAUCGGCGUCUCUGGCCAACUCCGUUCCAACCAACUCUUCCGCGGCAGCGGCCAACCGGUACGACCCUAUGUCUGGCGCGGCCACAAUCUUACACAAGAGCAAACAAUACGUCAAGCCGGACCAACGCCAAUCGUUGUUCUCGUACGAGUCCUCCAACGGACAGUCGAACCACGGCGGCCAUCACUUGUUAGAGUCCGGUCUGUCCGGCCUGCUCGAGGCGAUCAGCAUCCCAAAGAAGAUCAUCGGCAGCGUGGUCAGUCUGCUCAAGACGAUCGAUCUGAGGAAACUCGUCAAGAUCGCCCUGAUCGGCGGCGCAGUGGUCGUGUUGGGCGCUGUGGCCGUGGCCGGAGCCGCCGGUAUCGCUGCCAUUGUGACCGCGGUAGGCGCGGCAAUCCCGUACAUCCGGUUCUUCUUCGGACACAAUAAGGGACAGGUUUCCGACUCCGAGAUAGACGUCAUCAGCGAAUUCGUGUUGGACGCUUUCAACAAGUACGAUCAUCAGCACAAGGCGUAACGACGAGGCUCGUAAUACUAUAUUUAUAUAAUUAUCGACCGUCCGGUUAUAUUUAUUGUACAUUAUAUUAAUAUUCACGACUCGCCCAAAACGGCUUACCUAUAUUUAUAUUAUUUAUAAAUUAUAUUAUAUUUUAUGUUUAUAAGUGUGAUUAUAAUAUAAUAAACAAAAAUGUUCUACUCUUA